GUAUGAAGAAGGAGACAAGGAGACAAUAUGAAGCAAUUUCUUCCAACUUGAAGAUGGCGAGGCCUGAAUUAGAUCUACGUUAUGGUACGGUAAAGUGUGAUUGUUUGCCUCAAUCAAGAAAUUGUGUAAUUCGAGUUGUGACUGACCAUGAGAAGCCAAACAAAGCUCUGUAAUGGGUCGGUUUGUUCGAAACUACGGAGAAUUUGAGGAGGAGAGCUAUUUACAUGAGAAUGCACGUGGAGCUCAAAACGAAGUGAAUGCAGCUGUGCCCCGUGAGAAUCAUUCCAAUAGGGGCGUGAAUCUAUAUCAAACCAUAAACCUCUUUUGCAAGUUGUUGGGUCUUGUUGUUGUUUUGGUUGCUCUUUUGAAGUAGGUUGAUGUAUUUAGUAGUGUUCUUGGGGCUGUGUAGUAUUUUGAGUUGUUAAUGUUCAAGUACUUAUGUACCAAUGUUGUAUGACUUGUGUUGAGUGAAUUUGUGAAAUUUGUGUAAUGGAAGAUCAUUGUUUUGUCAUUGUUUUUUAUGGCUUGUAUAUUCAGUUUUAUGGCUUGUCCUUGUAUACCAAUUUUUUGUUUGUGCCUGUAUGCAAGAGCCUCGAGGUAAAAAUGGUAUUCAGGCAGAAACAUGAACUGGUAUUCUGGAAAAAAUGGUUAAUGUAUGU